AUCGUAGUCGCCAAGACUUUCCCAGGCUUCCUUCGCUUCGCUCUGCAUCAUCAGCGUCGGCCUCGACGGCAUCGAGCAGCUCUCGCCCCUCGUUGUUUGCGAUCUCCUCGUUUUCGCGCCCUCCUGGAUAUUCUCAGGGACUUCUCCCACUCUUACGACCUAACGACCUCCCCUUCACGACAUUACGACCUUCAGAACGCUAACUAUUCAUCAAUCGUCAAUCAGAGGAUGAGCGGCCAGACCACAACUACUAGCAGUGCGGCUGUCUGUGCCACGGAGACAGCCAACAAACCGCCCUCGCUUUUUCAGAACGGGAAUCUUGUUUUCCAAGGUAACUCAUCAUGUGCGUCGGUCGGAUGGAUUGUUGCAGCUCUGUUCACUCUCGCUGCAAUGGUCACUUCGUUUUGGCUGCCAUCCAAGCUGACGAUUGCUUCUAGAAACGGGAGCAAAGACGUGGGUGAAUAUCAUAUCUGCAAAAUGCAAGUAAGCAACUUGGUUGCAGAUAUCGUGCGCAUCCUCUUCAUGGUACCGAUCUACGCUGUGAUCAGUCUUGCUUCAUACAUCUUCUGGAACAAUUCUACCCCUCUCUUACUGAUCCGGGACUGUUACGAGUCUACUGUGCUGACGGCCUUUUUCUACCUUUUGCUCAAUUACUUGUCACCGAACAUCGAGGAUCAGCAAGCCAUAUUCUUGAAGGUCGGCCUUUCUCGCGCUGCUGAUGCGGCGGCCAUUGCUCGAGGGGAGGAAGUGAAGAAAUGGGUGUUUCCACUGGGCUUCAUCAAGGCUAAACCUGCGGAUGGCCUGUACUUUCUCCAGAUGAUGAAAUGGGGUGUUCUGCAGUAUUGUGUCAUGCGCCCUUUAACGACACUGGCUGCGGUCCUUCUCAAUUAUCUUGGAUGGUACUGCGAGAGUUCCUGGAGUCCCAAGUGGGGGCAUAUCUAUAUCUCUGCACUCGUCUCCAUCUCUGUUUCCGUCGCCAUGUACUGCCUGCUGCAGUUGUACGUCACCAUCGCCGUAUAUCUCGCGCCACAGCAGCCGUUGCUCAAAUUAUUCUCGAUCAAAGCGGUCGUGUUCCUAACUUUCUGGCAGUCGAUCUUCCUCUCAGCUUUAAGCACUUUUGGCGUCGUGAAAAACACAACAUACAUGACUGCCGCCGACAUCAAUAUCGGGAUCGGCGCAUUGCUAGAGACUUUCGAGAUGAUGGUGUUCGGCUUUUUGCACGUCAAAGCAUUUUCAUAUCGACCUUAUAAGCCGUAUCACGACAAGAGAUCGAAUGCUCCGCUGCCAAUCCGCACUGCGCGACUUCCAGCGUUAGCGAACGCUUUUGAUUUCCGGGAAACCUUCCGAGAAAUCUGGGCCGGCUGGGUCUACAUCCUGGAUCGAGUUCGGGGCAGAGAACCGGAAACAGACUUUGGUGCUCGUCGAACAUUGCAUUACGAGAGUGCGUUUGGCCGACCCAGGCAGUCCAACUUGCCAGGAGGCGACGCGUCGGCGAAGGAAAAGGCUUUCAUUGCAGAGCCAGCCGCCCCAGGGUUAGGGGACAUCUACUCGCGCAGGGAAGACUUUCCGUGGCUGGCGCUUCCGAACUACGAGCGGCGGGAAAAGAGUGAAGGACUGGAAAUGGCCAUCGACAGAGAACUAGCGCGCAGAGGCUAUGAUUCCAAUGCUCCUGGGCGCGGCCAUAUUGCCCCUCCACGCGAAGAGGCUCAGGGUCACAAAGCCCAGCGAUCUUGGUGGCGUAGUGUGUACAGUCGCGUUUCGCAGUCAGCGCCGGACGAAGACGAGCAUCGGCUUACUUCUCAGCCUUCUCGACGCAAGAAAGUCAAGUCCAGCUCACGGGUGGAGACACCAGCCGACCGCAGACCGUUGUUCGAUGCCAACUAUGACUUCGAUGAUCCUCCCCCCGAACCCUUCUUACCGCCUCGGGCUCAACAGACCGCCGACACACUGGGGCCAUUGUCAAAUUUUACGGCGCAUCGCAGUUCUCACCAGCGGGCUUCGCCUGCCUUCGCGCGGUCCGACAGCCUGCUCGGCCGGGUAUUCCCUCCAAGCAACGAAACACACGGCACAGAAAGUCUUCCACCGCCGUCAUCUUCUUUCCACGGGGCUGUCCCUCAGUCGAGAAUGACGCCUCGGGGCCGGGUCGUGGUGACGAUACCUCCGAUCCUCGGCAAUGCCGUGCCGCCAGCCACGGGACCGACGUCCUGGUCGCCUCCGCCGCAGUGGUCUCCGGCUCCCAUGCAAGCAAUCCAGCCACCUGCCCCAUCAAGGCCGUCUUCUGGUGGGCUGCGUCGAUCGUCUGCGCAAAUCUAUCCCGCGGAUUCAACCAGAAGAGGCCGGCGGCAGUCUGCCGAUGUGAGCCCUUACGGGUCGCCGGCGCCGACAUCCCCGUCCCCGCCACCCUCGUCCUCCAGCCACGCCACCAACUGGCCUGGACCAUCCCACUCCCGCACACCGCAUUCCGGUAAGUACGCUGCCGACAGCCGGUACCCACCGUUACGACCUUCAUGA